AUUUUUGUGGGGCCGUGUCCGUUGACCUUCGGCCGACGGAAUCAUGGCGGCUAGAGCUUUUGGGCGGCUGGCGGGGCUCUCGGGCUCUUUGGCCGUGGGGCUCGGCGCUUACGGUGCGCACGGAUUCCGACGCAGCGAUCGGGAUGAUUACUUGAAAGAGCUGUUUGAGACCGCAAACAAGUACCACUUCUUGCACAGCUUGGCACUACUGGGAGUUCCUCAUUGCCGAAAACCUUUGCUGGCGGGUACCCUGCUGACCUCUGGGAUGGUGAUGUUCUGCGGCUCCCUCUACUUCCAGGCCAUCACCGGGGACCCCGCACUCACCAAGGCUGCGCCAUUUGGCGGAACCUUACUAAUAGUGGGCUGGGCAGCCAUGGCACUAUGAUGCUAAGAGAGCCAACAGACAUCGGAGCAAGGAAGCAAGAAUCCUAACGGGUAUUCAAGUGGAAGUAGACGUUUGCAAUUCACCUAUAACUGCACAUUAACAAAACCAACCUCUGCACUAACGUUCCCACUGUCUCUAUAGAAACCACCCCAGAAAACUUAAUCCUGUUUGCUCAGUAGAAACCAGUCUUGUCACCACCCUCUCUCAACCACUGGCUGUUCAAUGGUUCUGUUUAAUAUCAGAGAACGUAUGCAGUAUACAACCUGAAAUUCUUACUCUUCAGAGACAUCCAGGAAACAGAGAGGGGGAAAAAAACAAGGAAUGAAUGACACAAAAACAUUAGACCCCAAAGGCCCCCCUUCCCUUCCCUCCCAUGCACAAGCAGCAGCAGAGCAUCAAUGUUCCUUCUACUUGUUCCAGCAGAAAAACAUCAGCCCCCCCCACCACCACCCACCAAGCAACAGCAAGCACCCCCCCCCCCCAGGAGACCAUGUUCUAUAGACCAUCAAAAACUACUGUCCAUCCCAACCCUUCAACAUCUCAACAGGCCCUCUCUCUUACUAACGAGGGGGAGAGAGAGAUUUGCUCCUGUCACAGUGAGAGGGGAGGUAACCUGAGAGUGUGAGAGAGAGAGAGAGCAAUCGCUUGAGUGCAGAAACCUGGGUGUUUCGAUCUCCCGAGACGCUUCAGUCUUCAACAUCAGCGAGGAAUCCGGUCGUCCACGGGGCCACACAAAUCCACACCCUGAAGAGUGAGGACCCACAGUCGGUGAAGAAUGUAGUUUGAGCACAGCUCUAGAUCACGGACUCUGACUGGACCCUUGCUGCCUUGAAAGAGUAUUCUGUAGGCCAUGUAAAGGAGCUAGUGGUGGUUCCAUAUGGAAUCCCAGUCCUUGGGUUGCCUAUUGCUUCUCACCCUCUUUCCAAUCACCCUACCAACUAAAUUUAAAAUAUUUUUGUUCCUUGAGCAGAAUUUUUUUCUCUCCCCUGAUGAGAAAUGUUCCAAAACAUGUGUAUUGCAUGUUUACGUCAGAUAGUAUAAUUUCCCUCCAUUUUGAUGUUAGUGAUUAAAUUUGGCUGUCCUCAUGAUCAAUUGCAAUAUAUAUUAAAACACAAGAGGGUUAAAGAGAAUCCUCACUCUGACUGCUUCAGUCUUUCAAAAGAGAUGUUAUUGCAUUCGUUGAGUUGGAUUCAUUACUUUGAAGAGGAGCAGUGGUCCAGGCUGUGAUGCAGCCAGUCAAUAUACACCAGCGCCUGAUCCACUGAGUUUCUCCAGCACUUGGGUCUGUCAGUUAACUGGCUGCUAUAAUGAUUAUUGCAUCUGACAGAUGUUGCCUGAACCUCUGAGGUCCUCCUCCAGCAGCUUGUUCUGUUUUUUCUUUUUGGCACCAGUUUUCAGAAUCUGCAGUUCCAUGUCUCUGAGCUACUUGGCCUUGUCAGACUGGCUUUUCUCCAAGGCCCUUUCCAAUAAUAUCCAUUGCUUCAUCAGCCACAUAAUAAAGCAGUUUUUGUUCUAUUGAAAUCCAUGUGGAGGGUGGACAGGUUGGAGGAAAGAAAUAAUUCUUAAGAUGAUAUGCCCAUUAUGCCGCUGGUGUUUAGGGCAGCAAUGAAGAUCCUUCAUCUCUGCAGUAUUCCUUCAUCAUGUCAGUAGCUUCCUCUCAGUUUUCACUACUGUCGGUCAUGCAAGUCCCAGUCAGAGACUAAGACAUACCAUUGCACUCAGAUGUAGAAAGAUUCUUCAUUGCUGUUUGGGUAGCAAUUCUGGUUUUAUCAGUCAAGGUUGUUGGCCCCUGCGCCUGGAAGACUAGUGGGCUACUCUUAGUCUGUCCCUGUUUGGCAUUGGUGACCCUUCCAAGAGCACUAACUCCGGCCAACGUAGCUCUCUGGGUCAUUGAGGCACACAAGCCUCCAAACCCUACGACAAGGUUGUGGUCCUCUUGGAGGGAUGCUUCUUCUGUAAAUCUUCAUGUCAGAUCAUGCCUGUGUCCUUGAUUCUCUAUGUUCACCACUGAAGAUUGCCCUCAAACCCUGUGUAAUCCCUGCUCCCUUGUCCAAAGUGAGUUAUUUUGAUAGAAGGUCCACAAUACUAAAACACUAGAGGUGUUUUAAGUUGGCAAAGCAAGAAUGUGAUCAUGUAUUAGUUACCAACAUUUGUACAAUGUAAUAGAUAUAUUAAUAAAGUUUGUAUGAUUCUAAAUA